AUCUCGAAACUAAUCGAUGCUAUUUUUGUGAGGGUCCGUGAUAUAAAUCAUUGCCAUUGUCAGUGUUAAUUACAACGGACACACCUCUUACAACUAACAUUUGUUGACAAGAGCAGCUCCUUAGGAAUAGGUUUUUGGUGGACGGACGACGACGUCGACGACCUUCUUCGAGGACCGUCAAUACUUUGGGAUUACGCUCAGUAUCAAUUCGUGAGUGUCGCUGUACGUGAUAUAUUUGAAAGUGCAACAUUUAUAACGGCAUUCAAGAGGCAUGAGAGCGUUAGCACAUACCAUCCUCGCGAUCCUUCAAGUGAUUUCGGUAAGAGGCCAUGGCAGACUUAUGGAUCCCCCGGCGAGGAAUUCUAUGUGGCGAUUCGGUUUCCCCAAUCCGGUCAAUUACAACGACAAUGAACUAUUUUGCGGAGGGUGGGCAGUGCAGUGGGAGCAAAAUAUGGGUAAAUGCGGCAUCUGCGGAGAUCCCUAUCAUGUGGAAGAACCCCGGCCUCACGAAGCCGGUGGACUUUACGCAAAAGGAAUAGCAACACGACAUUAUAGCGUAGGUCAAGAAAUCGAUAUCGAGAUUGAACUAACGGCAAAUCAUUACGGACACUUUGAAAUUUACAUUUGCCCCAAUAAUAACCCCGCACAAGAAGCAACACAAGAGUGCUUCGACCGCUAUCCUUUAUUCCUUACAGGUACUAGAAACGUAAAAUACGUUAUUCCAGAAGAUGGUAAGAAGAAGGCCAUAUUUCAAUAUAAAGUGAUGCUACCUCCGUAUGUUACCUGUAUCCAGUGCGUGUUACAAUGGACCUACUUUACGGGAAACCAAUGGGGUGCGUGCGCUAAUGGUACGGAAGCUCAGGGCUGCGGACGAUCGGAAAUAUUCAGAAACUGUGCAGAUAUUACGAUAUUGACAAAUGUUGGCGGUGGAAUUCCUCCUCUCUUUGUGGGACAAGAUAACCCAUUUUUAUUGUACUACAGAAAAUCAACGAAAAUGUCCGAUGCUUAUCAAGUGGCGCCUUUAGUUGUACGAAAUCAAGUUUGCGUUUCUACACGCUUAUUCAGAAUUAUACCUGGAAUGGACGAUUGGUGCCAAACCAAUUGCUUAAGGUACCCACCUAAUUGCCCCGAUCAACUUUGCCAAUGCCCAACAACCUGUGAUGCUGUGGGCGAGUACGAAGGAAAACUUGGUGCGGAUGUCUUCUGUAUGGAUCAGUGCAUCGUUUAUCCUCAAAAAUGUCCAUACCAGAAAUGUAAUUGUUAUGAGGAAGUUGAAAAUGAUUUUUAAACAACUAGGAAAAUGCCAUAAAUUGUACAAUUUUGUCUUGCUCAAACCUAAAUGAAUGUGCUAUUUUGUAUAUUUAAAAUUGUAAAUAGAGAAAUAACUAAUUUUCUACAAUGA